AUGCAUCGAGCCUACCAGCCAGUUUUACCAUGUGGCAACAAGUAUCUUCAGCUAAAAUGGGACAAAGCAAAGUAUGAAGAACACAAGAAAAGGGUUCAGGCAGCAAAACCAUUAGUGGACACAAGCACCCCUGCAAUAUACAGCCACCUUCAUCUGAAGUUUGGGAAGCUGAAGUUGGAGGAAGACCGACUUUCCGUCAUCGAAAGAAACAACCGUUUGCUGCUGGAGAAGGUGUCCUGCAUCAUGAGAGCAAAGGGACAAAUUGACAACAAAAAUGACUAUAAGGCCAAAAGUUUAAAUGGAGAAAAACGAAAGCAGGAGCUGCGGAGAGUGAACCAGGAGAACCGUGCCAUUCUGGAUAGAAUUACAAAGUCCCAGCCUCGGUAUCAAGUUCAGCGAUGGCAUGAGGAUUGGCAACGAGCUGAAAAAUACAUGGCCAACAUUGCGAGAUAUCCUCGUGGGCGGCAGAAGAGAAUAGUUUCCAAGUGGUUUAAUGAGUUGAACCAGUUCACUGAAGAUGAAUUUAAGAUUAAGGCCAUAGCUGACGCAAGGAAGAAGUAA